GAAGUGCGGUCGUUUAAUGCUAGUGGAGGGUGCAUGACAGAGCUCUACUGAAGUUGCCCUGUGAGAGCUGUCUCAGUGCGGUAGGAGGUUAACGCUGUGCAGAGACGAGGAAACAGGGAAUAAGAUGUCUUCCCCUGAACCCAUUAUCCGGUCGAGACAGGCUGAGAGAGAAGUCAAUGGAGUUUCAACGCAGGUCGUCUGUACCGAGUUCAGCAAUUAUAUAUUCAUAGUUCUCACUCAGUAUGGCAAAAUUGGGACAUUGGUGUCUGUCACACCUGACUCCAGAGCUAAUGAUAUCAGCACCCCAACGUUCUCCACCAAAGUACUGCUGGGCAAAGAUGAGCCACUGAUUCAUGUCUGUGCCAAACACCUGGCGACAUUUGUGUCACAAGAAGCUGGAAACCGGCCUGUUUUACUGGGACUUGCACUUAAGGAUUCCUCCUUAGACACAAUAACACAAAUGAAAGAGGUCAUCAAAAGUUGUCAAGUCUGGUAGGAAAUGACAUGGUCAUUGAAAAUGGAAGUAAAACCUUGAGAUAUGACGAACAUUCAGUAAUUGUAACUCCUGAGGUACACAUGCUACCCACACACUUAACAUGGAAAUCAAAGCUAAGCUCCAUGCUUUUAACAUGACAAAUGAAUUAGUUCACAACUGAUGUCCAAGGGGCACAUCUCCAAUUAGUUGCUACUUUUAAACUCUUUACAGAUUGCCCAUAAUUGAGUUAAAAUUGGCUUGUAUACCAAGAUGGAAAAGAUGUAUCAAAGUUGUCAGUCUGGUUAAAAAGUGCAUCAAGGCUUUUUUAGUGAUUGAGUGUUUUAUUUUUUAUCCUUCGUACCUUUUUCUGUCUAUAUUUGUAUUUUUGUAUUUUUCAAUUAAAUCUCUAUUGCAUCAUGAGGAGAAAUAAAAUGUUGCUUCAAAACUUCUUGUCAUUUUUUUU